CUAGAGAUGUCAGGAGUCAUGCAUAUGUGACAAGCUUAUUUUUUUGGAACAAUUAUCUCAUGAAAUUGCACACAAAGAUGCAUGAGAUAUGCUAAAGAACAGCUGUGACUUCGAUGGGGUGGGUGAACGGGGGUCCAAGUUCACAUAGAGUGCCUGUCUACAUGAUGACAGUGUGCACAAAUUACUUUCUGCUGCAUACUCUGUUGCACCAGAGCAGGAUCAGUCUACUGCUAAACGUGCUUCUCAUUCCUGCAAGCAUGUCAUGGAUCAGCAAUUUGGAAAUCAGAGCUUGAUGAGUUCUUUAUGAGUUUAUUCAGCUUGUUUGGCAUCUCCAGGUUUAGUAGCACCUGAGUCUUCAUGUUGUCUGUAGUAAUUCUUGAGUAAAAUAAUUAAAGCUGUAAAUAAUUGCAAAAACAAGAUCUGCGGAAGUACUGGCUUCUGCAUUUGUUUUGUUUUGUUUUAGAUGGAUUUAGCUGAUUGACAAAAAAUUACACUUGGAAAACAACAACACAUCUGUUUGUGGUGAUAUUCUUUUUGGGAACUGGAAGUCAUUUUUUCUCAAUUUCCUGCCAGCUAAAAGUAAACUCAUUAAUGAAAACCAUCAAAGAUACAAUUUGGCAAUUCUACUGUGUCUCCAUUCUCAGAGUCUUGUGCUUGGUUGUUUUCCUUGUUCUCCAUUAUUGUGCCUGGAAACUAUUUAAGUCAGUGGCCAAUAUUAGGGCUGAACUAUCGGCCGCCUUGUAUAUUGCGCAACAGCCACAUGUGUCAAAUAAAUACAAGUGUGAGGCGCCCAUUAAGAACCGUGGACAGCACACUUAGUAUCCGCUAAUUCCGUUCAAUGGUAUCUUAAAAAUAAAAUGGACAGAGUGUUUUGAGAGUCACAAAUAGCUCAGUUGCCUGUGGGCAUUAGUAGAAGUCGAAACAACUGGACUAGGAGUCACAAGACCACAAUCUGCCAAGUCCUAAAAGCAGACCAGCAACAAGACAGUUUCACAGAGGUGGGGUAGAACUGGGCAAUUUAAAAUAGCCAUGUAAACACUCUCCCUCUGCCUUUGUAAUUUUAACCUAGAAUGUCGGUGACGACAGUCUCUUGCAUGGAGACCACAAAUGCCGGAAUAAAUCUGACAUUAUGACACCAGACACCUGGCAGGUCUGACGUCGCAGGGGUAAAUACUUAGAGGCACUAUAAAGCCCCAGGGCCCCCUCAGGACUACAGUUGUUUACCCAUGAGCUUCGGAGAGGACCAUAGUGCCGGACAGAGGAAACCUUUUAGAUCCAAUACACAGGAUUUUUACGUCACACCACUGGAAGCAAGCCUUCACGGUCUUUGCACAGUUGAGUACCGGAGCUGUCGAAGGGGAGGCAGUACUGAAACAAGCACAACUUGAUUUAAGCAACAAACCUGUAUUCGAACAAGUUACUCAUACACACAUUCUGGAGGGUGUUUCAAUUCAGCGAAAACAAAUGAGAGGAAGUUACUGGAGGAGCCAAUAAGAUUUACCCGACAUAUUGGUGGACUUGCCAAUGUGGUCACUCCAGUGACCUUUCAGGAAUUGCCAAACAGGUUUCUGAGCACAGACAAACAUACGCAGAAGAAUGGCUGCAUUGGAAUUGCACUGUGGGCCGGAGCCUGGGAGUUGUGUGUGGGGUGGAGACAGAGUUGACCUGCUUGACAGUUUUGACUCAGAGAUGCAGGAAUGGGAAGAUCAGCUACAAGACAUGCAGAGGAAGAUUGAAGAGCUGUAUAAUGAGGUCAAAGCAAGAAGAGAAGCCAGCGAGAGCAGCCCAAACAACAACACAAACAAAAACCUGGACAUUACUUUGCUUCCUGUCAGCUCUCAGUAUAGCCACCAGGCCAAUGGUUAUCAUGAACCCCGAGGUCACCCUAACAACAGCCUCCCAACUCGUCAAUGCAGUGAAAUAAGAGAAGAUCCUUCGGUUAUGCAAAGGUUUGGGUUUCAUCACCCCAGUGAAUACUGUCAUGGCCCCAACAAUUACAUGCUUAGUUCCCUGAGCAAUGGCAGCCAUUACCCUGCCAGUUGUCAUGAUCUUGAAAGGCAGGAUGCCACCCUAGACAUACUCAAUGGAUACCUUCAACAAAGCCCACAUUUUAGAAGGAACACAGGGAAUUUCAGAGUUUCAAAUAGAAUUCAGAACCCCAAGGUUCCAGUUACGACUUAUCAAGACAGCACAAAGACCAGCCUGGUUAAAAACAGGACUGCCUCGUGUGUGGUACUGGAGGAGAUAGAGGUUGAGAACAAAAAGAACAAGAAAUCAAAUUGGGAUGACUCCCAAGCCCGCCAUGUUAGCUGGAAAGACCCGGUUUCAUCAAACGACCUUCCCCCUAAAAAUUCAGCUUCCAAACUGGCAACCAGACAAAGAGAUGCUUCACCUGUAAUCCCUCGCUCCACUUAUCAUGAAUCAUCACAACAACCUGACAGGAAGUGCCUCUUGCUCGACAGGAAAUCUGGCAGCCCAUCAGUACUGCGUAAGUUCGGUGCCAUGUUGCAGGAGAACGAGGGAAAAACCCUGAUAGAGGAUGGUCUUGUGACUACCGUUGUCUCCACUGAACCUCUGAGGAACAACAGCACUCCCAUUUGCCAGAGCAAGUUUGAUGCCAGACGGGCAUCCUCACGUGUGCCCGUCCAAAAAUGCAUUGCAGACUGUGAUGCACUGGUAGCAGAUUUGGAGCCCAGCCAGGAGUCUUGGGCAGCUGGUGCUUCUAGAUACCUCCUCAAUGGAGACAAAGACAGUGGGAAUGGUGGUUGUGUUCUUGAACAGCAUGGCUUGGCCUGUAACUUAAGCCAGACACAGUCUCACCUUAACUCGGGGUAUCACAAGGUGGCUUCAUUGUCUAAAUCCCAAAAAGCGGGCUCCCAGAGUGAGGACCUAUUUUCUGACUACCAGAUGGUGGAAAGGAUUCUAGGAGCAAGAUCUCAAAAUUUCAGUACGGUACACAGAGGACUCGGUGUCGACAUGAUGAGACUGGGAAAUGACAACUUGGAGCAACUUCUGGAAAUGAUGGAAUUGGAGAACAGCAGAAGCCAGAGGGUCACAUUCACACAGCAACUGGACAACAAGCAGGUCAACCGUGAGUCAUCUCCUGCGCACAGCAGUAGCCAUUUUUCUCGUCCUGCUCGACCAGCCAAUCAACGUCGUCCAUCCAGAUGGGCUAGGCAUACUCACGAAAACACAAUUGCUCACACAUCCUGCCCACCAAGCCCUGGCCUGAAAGCCAAACAAUUCUUGAAUUCGUAUUCCCGGCACACAGAAACUGUCAUCAUGUGACCAGGAUACAACAAUCUUCAAAGGACAUUUUCACCCAAUGGCAAAGAUGAAACUUUGACCUUUUGUAGAACACAAUCUACUUUUUUUGUAUAUACAACCACCACCACUACAUCAAAGUACCUUAUUGCAGCCCACUAGGAUGGCCUAUGGUAUUUUCCUUAAAUAACUUCAAAAGGAUACCGCUUUCAUUUAACUCUGCGCUGUUUGAAGUGCUUUGGAAAGAAACUUCAGUGGACAUUUUUUGACCUGGUGAACUUCUGUGCCUAUAUGAACCCUUCAUUGCCUUUUCUCUUUAUUUCUUUCUGUCAUUCUCAUUCAGUUUUGUAUUCUUUUAUUCUGUUUUCUAUUUUCCCGAGUGCUUUGUGUACAGUGCAGUUCUUACGGUGUAGGGCAUUUUUGUAACCAUAUAAGCAUGUAUGCAACAAGCAUAACAUGUAUUUAAACAUACGUGGCAACGAGUUAUUGAGCCUUAUCUAUUAUGCAUAAUCUGUAAAGGAGUGUGUAAACAUUUUGAUGUUCUGUCCAUUUCAGUACCGCAUUAGUGCUUCAUAAUACUGACAUGAAGAGGAAAUAACAGGCUCAUAAUAUUUUUAUAAGCCUUAUUUGACUGCGCCUGAUGUGGGCUGUAACUACUCGGUGCAUGGCACCUUUUUGCGGGAACAUGUCUGCAUUCUCCAGCCUUGUAAAAAAAAAAAAAGCCAAAUGAAGUGAAUUAUUCUUUAAGUUCAACAUCUGUGAAAAGUAAAGUAUAUCUUUUGACCAUAUUAUAAUGAAGAAAUGUUUUUGGAAUGUUUAUUUAUUGUUGUGACAUAACCCUUACAAAAACGUGAUGCUUUUUGUGUUUUUUUUUUCCUCUGGAUAAUAAACGCAAGUGCUUUGACAACUUA